AGAGGAGAAAAAACUUCAGAGCCAGCUUUAAUGGCGGACUCAGUGAACGCCCCUGCCACUUAGGGAGUGAUUUUGCGGUGACUUUCCGGCGUUUUUUUGGCGCCGGAAACGCUACUGACGGGAAGAGAUCGAUCGGUUUUUGACAAAUCCGGUUUGAUUUGGUGGAGUAACGAGUGAGAUUGAGGACUGAGCCCUAAACUAGCUCUCUUACUGGUUUUUGUGACUGUAAAACUAAUUUUGAGCUCCAUUAUAGACGAUUUUUAGCUAUUUUUGCUGAUUUUUAUUCGGCAUUGCUUGCAAAUAGAGUAAGCUUUUGUUGUAAGAAGUAAAUCUGGUGCCAUUUCUGCAAGCUUCUGGUGAACUGGAGGAGCUUCGAGUUUUAACUGUGAAUCUCGCUAGAGAGAGAGAGGGAGGGCGUUGCUUAGUUAGUUCGCCAUUGAUGAAGUGAGUGCUAAGUGAAGAGCUUUUUGAGGGAUUUCUUCAAAAUCUGGUGAAGUUUUGGUUGUUUUUUCCUUUUCUGGAAUUAUGAGGUAAAAGGGUGGAUCUCUCUGUGUUAUUUUGCAAAUCCAGUUGAAUGCCAUUUGUUUAGCUUAUUUAUCUAUCCCUUUAUGUGGAAUUUGUCAAAUGAAAGGAUCUCAAAGUGUUCUACUGUACAUUUGGUUGGGUAUUGUCCACCUCUGGUUGUUGCUUUGCCAUUUCUAAUAGUUACUUUGAGCUCUUACAAAAAGGGCGGAGACUGACACAUUAUUCUUAGGGCACAAAAAGAAAGCAUCUUUGAACUUUAUCUCCCAAUCUGGUUUGAUAUUAUCCAUUCUUAAGGUCAUACUCUCAAGCGUGUAUUUUCCUCUUUGUCGAAUACAACUUUACCAGGAUCAGCAGGUAUUCCCCUGUAAAGCCCAAGGAAAUAUUUUCCAUCUGUGAGUUUCUUGGCUAUGUUUGCAGAGCGCUUUUAACGCUUUCAAUAUUACAGUGACCUAAAAACCUACAUCUUCCCUUUAGUUUUCAUUUUGCUGUUUUUUCUUUGAUUAUAUAUCUCCUAUUUCAAAUACCCUUCUCUUUCUUCUCUGUGCUCUGAUUCUGCAAAUCUGGUUAAAAAUCAUCCCUUUUUUAUAGCUGCAGUCCAUUUAUGAAUGACUCGAAAUCUCUGUCUUAAAAGUAUCAUUUUUUUCCCUGAUACAUAGAGUUUCUCGUGGGUUAAAAAUUAAGCUGUUCCUUUGAGACAAAAUCUUUUAUGUCUCUGUAAACCCAAUUCAAUUAUUUCUUCAAGUGCUUUCUUCAGUUGAUACAAUAUGCCAAUGGCUCUGUAAAAUACAUUAAAAGAUUGAAGAUGGAAGGAAACCUGUUUAUUGUCAAGCUCUGUUCCUUUCUCUCUUUCCUGGCUUUCACUGUCUCUCAAGGUACUAAUCCUUCCCUUAAUGAUGAUGUACUGGGUCUAAUCGUCUUCAAAUUUGACCUCCAUGACCCAAAAAAUGUGUUAAGUUCAUGGUCUGAAGAUGAUAACUCACCCUGCAACUGGUUUGGUAUCCAAUGCAAUCCUAGGACCCAGAGGGUUACAGAAAUCUUAUUGAAUGACCUUUCCCUCUCUGGAAAAAUAGGUCGAGGCCUUGUGAGACUCCAAUUUCUUCGAAAGCUCUCUCUGUCUAAUAAUUAUUUCUCAGGCACAAUCAGUCCUGACCUUGCCACUAUCCAGAGCCUAAGAGCCGUUGAUUUCUCUGGCAACAAUCUUACUGGAGAAAUCCCUGAUCAGUUUUUCAAGCAAUGUGGGUCUCUUCGUUAUGUAUCAUUUGCUCGAAACAACUUCUAUGGCCCUGUUCCUAGGAGUUUAACCUCGUGUUCAUCUAUUUCAGUGCUGAAUUUUUCCAGUAAUCAUCUUUCUGGUUCAUUGCCUGAAGACAUCUGGUCUUUGAACACUCUUAGAGACCUCGAUUUAUCAGGGAAUGAACUAACUGGAAACAUUCCAGUUGGGAUUGGGAGUUCGUUUAACCUCAGAACAGUUAAUUUGCGGAAGAAUCAGAUUUCUGGUAAUUUACCAGAGGAUAUUGGCAAGUGUUUGUUGCUUAAUUCGAUGGAUUUCAGUGAAAAUUCAUUGACAGGAACCGUACCUGUUUCGCUUCAGAGACUUUCUCUGUUAACUUCUUUGAAGCUAGGGAAGAAUUCGAUCACAGGAUUGAUACCUUCAUGGAUCAGCAUGCUAAAGAAUUUGGAGGUUUUGGACUUGUCAGGAAACAUGUUUUCUGGUGAGGUUCCGACCAGUAUUGGGGAGUUAAAAAUGCUUAAGAGCUUGAGUCUUUCAGGGAACAAAUUCACCGGACAAAUACCAGAUUCUUUAACGAUGUGUGUGCAUCUUUCUGAGGUUGAUCUUAGUCAAAAUGGGUUAAUAGGGAUCAUACCAGAGGGGAUUUUGGCAUCGAGUAUAGAGAGACUCAAUCUUUCUCAGAAUGGUUUUACUGGUUCAAUUCCGGAUAUUACUGGGUCGAAUGUUUUCUACCAGUCUGUUAAGGUUAUUGACCUGUCGGAAAAUGGAUUAAGUGGAAAAAUUCCAGAGGCGUUUGCCCUUUCUAGCCAAUUGGUGGUAUUGAAUCUUUCACGGAAUUUUCUAUCUUCUGAGAUUCCAGCCGGUAUAGGAGAGUUGAAGGAACUUGAAGUGCUUGAUUUGUCCCAAAAUCGUUUAAAUGGGAGCAUUCCUUUGAAGAUUGGAGCGGCAAUAGCUCUCACUGACUUAAGGCUUGACCGAAAUUUUCUAUCUGGGGGAAUACCACUGGAAAUCGGAAAGCUGAGAUCUCUUGGCACUCUGUCGCUCUCUAAGAACAACCUGAGCGGCCCAUUGCCCGCCUCCCUUGCUAAUUUAACCUCUCUGCAUACCCUCGACCUCUCCUUCAACAACUUAACAGGCACUCUCCCUCAUCAACUUGGUAACCUCCCUCACCUUCUCUUUCUUAACCUAUCCCAUAACAACUUAGCAGGUGAGCUCCCUAUGGGCCCUGCCUUCAACACCCUUGACCCCACCUCUCUCUCAGGUAACCCCUCCCUUUGUGGGGCCCUCCUCAACCGCUCGUGCCCAGCUGUUCUCCCGAAGCCCAUCGUCCUCAACCCCGACUCCACCCCCAACAGCCCCCAAAAUUCCCUUCCUACCACUAAAUCCACCUCCCGCCACAAGAAAAUCAUUCUUAGUAUCUCAACCUUAGUGGCAAUUUCAGCCGCUGCCCUCAUUGCCCUAGGGGUAGUCACCGUAACUUUGCUCAACAUGAAUGCUCGAGCACACCAUAGAGCCGAUGGUGCACUCGUGCUUGAGCCCUCAAGGUCUGGGUCCGGAUCUGGGGUUGGAUCCCCCUUGACUAGUACAGGAUCUGGUCAACCAGGAAAGCUAGUGAUGUUUUCAUCUGAUAAAGACUUCAGUGUAGGGGCUCAUGCAUUGCUUGAUAAGCACUGUGAGUUGGGGCGAGGAGGGUUUGGUGCUGUGUAUCGAGCUCCACUCCCUGAUGGUCGUCCUGUUGCGGUUAAGAAAUUGGCAGUGUCUGGGUUAGUGAAAUCCCAGAGUGAAUUCGAGAAAACGGUUCGAAGUCUCGGAAGACUUAGGCACCCGAAUCUUGUGCACCUUCAUGGCUAUUAUUGGACACCGCAAUUGCAACUGUUGGUCUAUGAAUAUGUGGGGGGUGGGAGCUUGUAUUCCAGGUUACAUGAGCCUGGAGGAAAGGCACUCACGUGGUUGGAGAGGUUUAGGGUAAUAUUGGGGGUGGCAAGGGGCUUGGCGUUUUUGCACGAGUCAUGUAGGCCGGCGGUUGUGCAUUACAAUGUUAAGUCGAGCAAUGUAUUGAUCGAUGAGAAUGGCGAGGCGAAGGUCGGUGACUUCGGGCUUGCUCGACUCCUCCCGAUGCUCGAUCGCUAUGUCCUAAGUAGCAAGAUACAGAGCGCCCUGGGUUACAUGGCACCCGAGUUCGCCUGUGGUUCAGCCCGCGUCAGUGAGAAGUGUGACGUCUAUGGCUUUGGCGUCCUAACCCUUGAGAUUAUCACUGGCCGCCGGCCCGUUGAGUACACUGAGGAUGAUGUUGUAAUUUUGUCGGACUCAGUUCGUGGGGCACUUGAGGGGGGCAGGGUGGGCUCUUGUGUGGACCCUCGUAUGGGCCCAGCAUGGCCUGAGGAAGUGCUUGUGCCCUUGGUGAAGCUCGCUUUGAUUUGUGCAUCUCAAGUGCCAUCGAAUAGGCCAGCCAUGGGCGAAGUUGUCCAUAUUCUGGAGGUCAUCGGGAGCCCGCCAGGCCCAAAGGAAGAGUCGUGAUUGGCCCAUUGGACCCAGUCAAUGGGCCUGUCUGGGGUUAUAAAAUAGGCACUGCGGACUCACUUGAUGGACCCAUUGGUCUCUCAAGAUAGAUAUAGUGGUCUCACCCAUUGGGGCUCAUUUGGGCUCCACUUGGCACAUUGGUCUCGGACGAUGGGCCCAUUGGGUUUAUGGGGGCCCAUUGGGUUUAUGGUUGUUUCUAGUGGUGGAUUUGAGGAAAGGGUGGGUUUUGGUGGCUGGGGAAGAGGAAUCCGGUGGGUUAUUUUUCAGGUUGAGUGGUGUAAUUUUUUGUUUUUUGUCCUUUUUCAUUGGAAAGAAGAUUUUUGUGUUAUGUUAUGUUGUGUUUUUAUUGGGAGAAAGGGGUUGAUGGAUCGGAUUCCUUUUCGCCGGUUAUGUGGACAGUGGAAGUUAGGGUUUUGGGGUGGUUUCAGUGAAAUGUAAUUUCAAGGGUUUUGUUAUAUAGGUUAUACACAGUGAUGCUUCAGUUUUUCCA